GUCCGAGUCCUGUCAAUCAGGAAACACAAACAAAAGCCACUGAAAAGGAUAACACGCAUCAUCGCCGUGAAAAAGUGGAGAAAAUUUGCACCCACAAUCCACUUAUCGCAUUUUUUUCUCCCUUCCGCCGCGAUUUAAAUCGAAAUUAGCCAUUCAAGGUGUGAUUAGCCUGUCGCGGGUGCCGUUGCGAAUGAAGUGUGCGAUUUAAACCGGAAGUGCCAGGACGAUGUCGUCGUUGAAACAGUCGCACCCUCCGGGCAGCAGCAAUCCGGAAGUGGGCGGCGUCUGCUCCAAAGGGAUGGAAAAAUUGCUGGAAGCCCAGCAGCAGCAGCUGGAUGACAUAACGAGCGAGUCGUCCUUUCUGGAGUUCCUCCGGAACGAGCAGCGUUGCAUGGCGGGGGUCAUUCUGGGGGUUCCGGAAAAUGGAAAUGGUGAGGGAGAAGUGGAUGUGGACAGCAUUUUCGAACAGGUGAGCCAAUUGGCUGGGGGGAGUGAGGAGGGGAAAAGUGUCGAGGAUAUCCUACGGGAAGCGGAACAGUUGAUCCGGAAGCAACAUCCGCUUUUCGGGGGAAAUGGGGCGGAUCGAGGAGAUGAGCUUGAUGGGAUACGGAGAGUGCAGAGGGCCACUUGCGGGUUGAGGGAUAUCUCCUGCGAGUCGACCCCGAUGGAGAUGCGCAGUGGAGUGCUGGAGGAGUUCGAGGCGAUCGCCCGGAGGGAGGAGGAAAGCAGGGCGUUUGUUAAGCAAAUUUUCCACGACGAGGAUCACGAACCUCCCCUGACAGAGUCAAUUCGCCGAAAAAGUUUCACUAUCAGCACGGCUGGUGAAGAACCGGACAGCCAGUGUGGCCAGCGGCCCAAUUCUGACCAAACAUUCGCCGUACCCACUCCAGGAGCUACUCCUGCUAACACAGAAAUGCGUAACAGAAGAAACACUGCCGAAAGGAAUGCGUCGGCUAGGUCUUCCUCAACGUCGAACAAAUCCGCUUCUACGCCGAAGAAGCGGAACAGCAUCACCAGACCCACAUCCGCAAUGCCAACACCUGCUUCGCAGCUCCCUCGCAAAUCCAUUGAAGCGGACAACAAAGAGAACCACUUGCUGCUGACCCAAUCGCGAAUCCGAGACUUGGAAGAAAUCUACAACCUGACGCUGAACGAGGUAUCCAAGGAGCGGAAAAGCCCAUCUCCAGCACCGACUCUAGUUCGCGAGAGGACCUUCUGUGACAAAUCUACCGCACCGUCGCCGACCCGAACGGCUCAGGAUUCACCGCUCGUCAGCUGGGCCAAGGAACGGGAACUGGAAAGCAGCAUUACCGAACUGCAGGAGAAGCUGAAGGAUACGGAGGAGAGGUUCGAGAGUCUGAAGAUCCAGUACGACACGCUCUCGCAGGUGCAUCGGACCCUGAGGGAGAACCACGGUGUCAUUCAGGAGGAGAACGACAAGCUGAAGCUGGACGUGCAGCAUCUGACCGAGUGUGCCAAUGUGUUGAGAUCUGAGCUGCAAUCGGCGCGAAGUGAUCGCGAUGCAGCGCUCGAACUGCAGAAGAUUCUUCAGUCGGAGCUGGAAGAAUCUCGGCGGGAUAGAAAACGAUACCAAGAGCUUAACGAGAAGGACACCAAGACUAUCCAGGACCUGCAACGGCAGUGCCGGGAGAUGGAACGGAUACUGAUGCGGAAACAUCCGGAUUCGGUUUCGGCUCUUAUUGUGGCCAGCAAAAACACCAAUAACAACAAGCCAGCCGAGGACGCCUCCCAGACUCGGCGGCUUCUAGAGCAACGCAUCGCCCAGUUGGAAGCGGACGCGAAGGAACAGGAUGCCAAGGCGCAAGGCAUUCUGGCCAACGUGCAGGCUCGCUUCAACUCGGUGCAGUCCAAGUACGAAACCCACAUUGCCGAUCUGGAGAUGCAGGUGCUCAGCUUGCAGGACAUCAAUUCCAAGCUGAACGAGAAGAUCAUCCGGCAGAUGGACGAACUGUCGAGCAUUACGAGCCACGCGGCGGUGUCGCUACCGAAGGUUAACUCAACCGCCAUCGCAACCAGCAGCAGCUUUACGCAAACCGAAGACAUUCCCGAGAAGGAUUGUAUUAAAACUAGGUCCAUUUCAGUGCAGACCGAUAGCAAGCUGACCGGAACGGGUGGAGUGGGACGAAACCAAUCAACCACGGGACCGAAGCGAGCUUCCUCAGCCAACGCCGGUGGAAAACUGCCAAACUCUCUGUCUGAUUCACAGAUCCAAAGUCGAGAAGAUGCCCACCUGCUGGCCACCAUCCGGGGAAUGCGCGUGGAUCUAGCUAUCAAGGAGAAGGCAGUUCAGCGGCUAACGCGAGAAGUAGAAGACUGCAAGAAGACGAUCAAGAAACUGCAGAAAGAGCGGGACACGUACCUGAAGUCGGAGGGUCGAUCCGGUACUUCCUCGACGAGUUCUUCCACCGCAGGAAAAGGUAAGACUUACGAUCCGACUCACUAUGCCGAAGGAGUCGCUUCCGACGCUAGUGCUUUGAAGGAUGCGCACCUGAAGAUCAAACUGCUUGAAGCGGACUACAAGACGUUGCAUGACAAGAGGCUGCAGGACCUCAAAACUCUCCAGGCGGCUCACGAACGGGAGCUAGCGGCGUGUCACGAAACCGUUAGAAUUCUGCAGCAACGACUCUCGGAACGGGAGGAAUCGCUGCACACCAAGGAGAAGCGAAGGCCCAACCACAACAUUGACUACUACGCCUUGAAGGCCAAGGUCACCUCGCUGGAGCGGCGCCACAGCGAGCGGGAACAGCGCCUACACAUGCUGGUGGAAGCCCUCAGCAAGGGAGGUAAGUUGAACGGUGUUCACAUUCGUGCUUUGGCUGCGGCGGCCGCGGCCACCGGUGGAAAUCCGACCGCCAUCGGCGACGAGGAGAACCACAACCUGGUAAACCCGCAGCCUCACCAACAGCAGCACCACAAUGCUACCGUAGGAGGAAACUAGGUACUCGAGAGGUGAGACGGACGGGUUUUCUAUACACUUGAGUGGUUCAAAUAAGAGAAACGUUUGAAAAUGUCAUCUUCCAUAUCUUCCUUGCAAUCUUUAUGAUAAAAUAGAGUCCUGUCGAAUUUACAGUCAUUUCCAUGAGGGUUCCUACUUUUUUUUUCUAUAUGAGACGGUUAUGCUUUUUGAAAAUAAUGAAAUCACCAUCGGAAGCUGACAGAGCUUCAUUUUCAUCGUAAAGAUUGUAAGAAAAUCAUGGGAGAUUGAAUUCUGAAACUUUUUUUUUUAAUUUGAACCACCUCAUUAUACACACACGUACGUUUUGCAUUUUAACCGGAAAGUUCUCCUAAAACCACUUAUCAUAUAGGCAAAAUUGUUGGGUUCCUAACUAGUUGUCCCGUACUACCGUAGAUCUCAAAGAAACCAAACUCUUAGGAUUGUUCUAUUUCUAAUAGGCAUUACCGUAGCUAACCCAUGGUGUAGAAACCGAGAAAAAUAAUCUACUUUAGUGUUUUAUGUAUUAACAAACUGAUUGAAUGCAAUUCUAUUGAACUCUAAAUACGAAUAGUCCCACACAAUUACAUUCUAGCUCUUAAGAGUCAAUUAUUUAUGUUAUUUUUAACUUGUAUUGUCCUAUAGCUAGCGUAGUCAUAAAAUUUAUUUUUGUUUCCAAUUUCGAAUAACCGUUCCAAAGAUUCAUUUUAAGGUGAUUAUUUUAGAGACUGCAAAUCGUACAUUAUAUGGAGACGAGAAACACGACGAGAAUCAAAUUCACGUCUGAACUGCAAUCCAGUCCAUCAUUACUAGAAGUUGUAAUUUGAUGUCUAAAGUCGAAAACAAAAACUAGUUGGAUGAAAAGGUAAGAAAGUAAGUCUAUUAGCGAGACAAAUGGUGUUUAGCGAUUUCAAGCAAGACUCAAAUGCUCUGAUUUAUCAACUUCAUACGUCCAUUCAGUCCGUUAGCUUGUAAGAUUAAUUGUUAGGAUUUAGCAUUUCACGAUAAGUGGGUAGACAAAUAGAAGCCGCCCGUUCGGCCGAAGAAUCAUUCCGUUCACUAUUUUUAGCUGUUCAAUUUUUUCUUUCAAUGUUCCACUCACAUUAGCAUGAACAAAUCGAAUAUGACAAUAGUUUUAAAGGUUCUAGGAAAAAAAAUCUAUCUUUCAUUAGUUUGCAGCUGUUUCUUUUUCGGGAAAAUUCUGUUAAAAGUUUUAAAUUCAAUCAUCAAAUGUGGCUGGCAGAUGGUGGUAACCAUUUCCGGCAUCAGGUGGCAAUAGUUUUGAGAGAGAGAAAAACAUUUUUAUCGAAUAUAGUAUUGAUUCAAAAA